AUGGAACUGUUCACUCGUGCAUCUUUGAAUUCACUGCACGUGGUGGAUGAUGGCCGGAUCAUCUCGCCGAAUAAUCUCGACGCGUGGUCAUGGUCCAGCUUACGAAAGCAGUUCAAAUACAAGAACCUAGAGAAGCUGUUCACAAUUUACCAGAGGAAGCUUCAGUAUGGUUAUCUGUCACUCUUCGUUCUCCUACAAUUGGCUCUCGGAAUCACAUAUUGUUUGAUUUUAAUCACAAUGGUCAGCAUAGAGAAUUGUAUACCGGAUGUGGUGGUCUACAGCAUAGUGAGCGCGUUACUCUGCCCGGUGAUAGCGCUUUCGUUCAGGUCGGAGAUUAUCACCAGGAAUACUUAUCUGCCGGUCAUGUUGUCCUGCUUGAUCGUAGUGCUGCUGGUAAUCGGUGACUUGGCUGUUCCCUUAUACUACGCCCACAGCGACAACAUACCACCGAUAAGGCCUGCAUACGCAACUCAUGCGCUUCUGGCGUGUUACGUCUUCCUACCUCUCACGAAAAAACUGCAUGCUCUUAUACUCGGGGUCACGGCUACCAUAUGUUACCUAGCUACUCUCUCGCUAAUUACUUAUAGAAACACAUUCGAUUACACUUCAAAGAUCAUUACAGACACGAUAUACUUUGUUUGCGUGAAUUGUCUGGGGCUAUACUUCAGAUUCAUGAAUGAAAUCGUUAUCAGACGAUCGUUUCUCGACCACCGGAAGUGCGUAGAAUCGACCUUGAGAUUAAAUUAUGAGAAAGAUCAAGAAGAACAACUCACAAGGAGUUUACUGCCUCAACAUAUUGCUGCACAGAUAAAGGAAAAGUUUAGAGAUAUUUUUAGGUUUAUAGAGCAAAAUAAGAAACCUCCAACCAAAGGACGACCUCAUAGUGAUUUAUGGAUCGAAACUCAUAACGACGUAAGCAUUUUAUAUGCUGACGUGGUGAAUUUUUCUGGAUUGACUGUGACACUGCCAGUACGAAAACUAGUAGAAACAUUGAAUGAUUUGUUUGGUAGUUUUGACGAGGCUUCCGAAAGGCACCAUGUUCUUCGUAUUAAAUUCCUGGGUGACUGUUACUAUUGCGUGAGUGGAGUACCAACUCCGAAUUCGCAACAUGCGAAAAACUGUGUGGAUUUAGGACUUGAUAUGAUAAAGAUCAUUCGAGAUGUAAGAGCAAGAGUACGACGCGAAAGCGGUGUGGAUGUAAAUAUGAGAAUAGGAGUUCACUCUGGCAACAUAAUAUCGGGGAUUCUGGGUGCCAACAAAUGGCAAUAUGAUGUUUGGUCACGCGAUGUCGUUAUAGCUAAUAAAAUGGAACAAACAGGAAAACCCGGUAAAGUUCACAUUACGCAACAAACUUUGGAUCUUGUAAAUGCUAGCGAGUACGAUUGCGUCCCGGUGGAGUCCUUAAACGAUGAAGUUCUCAAAAAGUACGGAAUUCGAAGUUACCUAAUCACACCUUCGACUCCUGACACGCCUCCUAUGCAGAACAGCGAGAACACCUUGACAGUCAUGACACCGAACGCCUCUCCGGUGCCUAACAAGCAUUAUGUGAAAUUUUAUCCAUCCAUCAGUGUGAAUUCCGGCUCAAGAAAUACUAGACGGCUUACUGCUACUAUAAAUAAUCAAGUUGACGUGUACGCCAGCCCUUGCAGACGGCGCACACACUUUAUGGACUCUUGUUUGCGGGAUUAUCAUUUGAUGCUCAGAACCGCAGAUGCAGAAAUGGAAUAUGCUAUUAACAAAAUGCCUCUCACUAAGUGGGAGCAAUGGUGCGAAUGGAAAGACAUAAAUCCAUUAUUUUUAACAUUUCAACAGUGGAAUUGGGAAAUACCGUUUUUGAAGGAACCUGAUCCACUUUUUAAAUUUUAUAUUAGUUCCGCUGUCUUUGUCCUGAUUUUUAUGGGACUUAUUUCCCUGGUACCUACACUUUCUCUUUCCAAAUGGCAUUUGAGCACAACAAUUACUUAUGCAGCCUCAAUAUUAUUUUUAAUCGCUUUAAUGCCAAUAGCUUGGAUGCAUUUCGCGUGGAAGCGAUAUAAAGAUCCACACGAUGAACACGAAGGGCAGGUUCCAGGCCCUGCCAAUAAAUUAUUAUGUUUUUUAUAUCAAACCAGCAUAAAGGUUGUUUGGAGUGCAUUUCUCAGAGCAGUCCUAUACUUGGUAAUCACGAUAAUGUUAGCAGCGUGUGCCAUGUUUGACAUGAUUUUUGAAUGUCAAACUAAUGAAAAUGUCAAAUUAAUCAAUGUGAAUGAGCUUACAAGCAAUAAUAGAACAUCUAGCGUAUUGGAAACUGGCGCCUCGAAACUUGAAUGCGUAGCUACACCUUGGCAAAUGACACAAACUUGCUCCUUGGCAAUUCUAACAAGCUUUCUGUUUUUGAGACUCCAUUAUAUUUUAAAAUUAGUAAUAGGCAUCGCGGUGGUAGCAUUUUAUUCGUGGAAUGUUUGGAUAUAUCGUUCAAAUUUAUUUCAGUCAAGUGAAAGCUGGAAUCCACAUUUAGAACCGAGACUGGCUCAUGUUUUAAGUGUAGUUUUCCUUACCUUUUCUUUGCAUCUAAUUGAUCGUCAGGCAGAAUACUUGAGCAGAUUAGACUAUCUUUGGAAACGUCAAUUGACCAAAGAGCAAGAUGAAGCAUUUCAUACAAGAAAUGCUAAUAAAAUUCUGCUUCGCAAUAUUUUACCAGAACAUGUUGCGGAGUUCUACCUGAAUGUGAAUAGAACAGAAGAAAUGGAACCUUAUCACGAAGCGCAUAAUAAUGUAGCCGUCAUGUUUGCAUCAUUAACAGACGUAUCCAUUGAUGAAAGCAAUACUUUGGCAAAUCUAAAUGAGAUCAUAUGCGAAUUUGAUAAAUUAUUAUUUGACCCUUCCUUUAUCUGUCGAAUUGAAAAAAUCAAAAUUGCUGGUACCACCUACAUGGCAGCUUGUGGAUUAGAAGCUAGUCGACGCGAUUCAAUGCGUAGUGCAGAAAAUGACAAAAAUGUGAGUGACAAUGUAGUAAAAGUGAUGACACAAUUUGCGGUCGAAAUGAUAGCAGUUCUAGAUAGGUUGAAAGCGAAAUCGGUUAACGCAUCAAAACCUUAUAGAUUAAGGAUUGGAAUAUCACAUGGUGAAGUAACAGCAGGAGUAGUAGGCGCCCAGAAGCCAUUGUAUGAUAUUUGGGGAGAUGCUGUGAACAUGGCAUCAAGAAUGGAUACAACAGGUGUUCCAGGAAAAAUACAGGUUACAGCAGAAACUGCUGCUGUUCUUGAACAACAGCAAGUCAAAUGCUACCUUCGAGGAAAUACGUACGUCAAACCAAAAGGAUUUGUUACAACUUAUUUUGUUGGCAUUGACGAUAAACGAAAACUUCAAAGAAUGGAUGUUAUUGAAGAGACCAGUCUGUGAUUGAAACGAUAAAUCGAUGUUUAAUCAGUUAUUGCGAUCGUUAUAAUCUAACUGUGUGAAAAGUGAAAUAUUAGGUGUUUAAGUGAACAUGUAGGCGGACGGAAGAGAAACCAAAGAAAAUUUGAAAGACCAAAGAAUCGAGAAAAAGAAACACGGUUCACAACUACAUCACUAUGUGGAAUACUUCAACUUAUUUAAUCAAGUUUACAUGUGAGAUAUACUUACAAUCAUACAUCGUGAGCCCGAUUAUUAACCGAGUAAGACGCAUUAGUAAUCAUGCUACAAACUAAAAAAACAAAUUUUAGUAAUUUCUUUUUACAUAGGAAAAUUGAAGAUGAUUUCAUAUGAUCAGUAUACGUGUAAGAACGACUUUAUACGUAACAAUGUGCAUUUAAAAUAUCUUUUAUUG